AUGGCCACAGAACGCGGGCUCACGUCCGAGACCUCGCAACCGCGGCGCAAAUCGCAAAAAGGCGCGCCUGUACAUGAUGAAGAAGCCCGCGCACUCGCACAAUACACCGAAUCAGCAACAGCACAAUAUGGCCGUGGUGAAAGGAUACGGCCGAAGUCGGUCAAGGACAAGAAGCUACGGGCGAAUAUAAGGUCUCUCGAGGCCAAAAACAAGCAGGCGGCUGUAGAAGCAAAAAACGUGGAAAUUCUUCUGGAAAACAAUGCAGGGCUUUUGGAACCUGAGCAUGAGCUCGAGAGGACGUACAGAGUACGGCAGGAUGAAAUUAAGCGGGAAGUCGGCGUCGAAACGGCGAAGAAGAGCUUCGAACUACGACUAGACAACCUCGGACCGUACGAUGUGUGCGAGUACAGUCGCAACGGGCGCGAUUUACUCAUUGCCGGGAGGAAAGGUCAUGUUGCCACAUUCGACUGGAGGGACGGCAAGUUGGGCUGCGAACUCCAACUCAACGAAACCGUGCGUGAUGCGCGAUGGUUGCACACCAGCAAUCAGAAGAACUUCGCCGUCGCGCAAAAGAAGUGCGUCUUCAUUUACUCGGGCGACGGCGUGGAGAUGCAUCGACUCAACUUUCACUCCGAAGCCACACAUCUCGAAUACCUCCCCUACCAUUUCCUCCUUGCUUCCGUCUCGACAGCGGGCAUACUACGCUAUACGGAUGUGUCUACAGGACAGUCGCUCCCCACAAUGUUCACCAAGCUCGGCCCAGCGACCGCAUUCGCUCAGAACCCACACAACGCCAUACUACACAUCGGCCACCAGAAAGGCCUUGUAACAUUAUGGUCACCCAACAGCUCCGCUCCCCUCGUAAAGCUUCUUCCACACCACGGCCCCGUACGAAGUAUAGCAAUGGACAAGUCAGGCACCUACAUGGUCAGCACAUCGCAAGAUCGGCGCAUGUCCGUCUGGGACAUUCGCAUGUUUAAGGAGAUGCACGCGCAUCACCUACGCGUACCAGGCCAAUCGCUCUCCAUAUCCGACCGCAAUCUCACGGCCGUCGGUUACGGCACGCAGAUGAGCAUCUACAAGUCCGAUCUCUUCACCGCCAAUAAAGACGACAUAUCCAACCCAACGAUGCCAUACAUGGCCUGGGGCGGAGAGGGCCUGAAUAUCGGCCGCGUACGCUUCUGUCCAUUCGAAGAUAUUCUAGGCAUAUCGCACGACAAGGGCUUCUCCUCCAUCAUCGUGCCCGGCGCCGGUGAACCCAAUCCCGACACAAUGGAAGCAGGCACCAACCCCUUCGAAACAUCGCGCCAGCGCCGCGAGACAGAAGUCCACGCCCUCCUCGAAAAGAUCCAGCCCGACAUGAUCGCCCUCAACCCCAACUUCGUCGGCAACCUAGACUUGGCAUCGGAUGAGCAGCGGCGACGCGAGUACAAGGCCGAACGAGGCGAGAAGGAAGAAGACAAGAUUGAGAGGCUGAAGAAGCGUGGCCGCGGCCGCAAUUCGGCGUUGCGCCGCUUCCUGAGGAAGAGCGGAAGCAAGAAUGUCAUUGAUGAAGAAAAGGACAGGGCGCGCGCGGCGCUCGAGUCGCAAAAGAAGAGAAACCAGGACAAGCGGGAGAAGAUGAAGAAGGAGUAUGGGCCGGCGCUCGAGAGAUUUGCUAAGAAGGGCUUCUAG